GGCGCCUCCAGCAGAUGCGGCGUUUGUUGACAUCUGGCGCAGGUGUGAGCGAGGAGCGAGGAGGGGAAGCGAGGCGGCGGCGGACGCGACAAAGGACUCGCUCACUUCCGGACUUUUCUCAGUUUUCUAUCGGCGCUCGAUCGCUCUUUGGGGAAGACGGGAGAUCUGGCGAAGGCCCGGCCACUUGGAGAGGCAUUUGGGUUCGAGGAGACGAGCAGCGUGAGCCGGAGCCGCCGUGUGCGGAUGUGCGAGGAGCGGGGUUUGCGUUUGGGCCGCGUCAGUCCAUCUGUCAGUCACCUGUGCAGAUGGUGACGCCGCACGAGGGGACGCCACGCCACCUCCUCUCCGGGAACUGAAAGGGUCUCCACACUCAACAACUGCUGCUGCUCACUCGCACAGCCAUACGAGAUCCAUCAUGGAGGAUGAAUGUCUAUCUCUCACAUGGAAUAACCAUGGAGCAACCUACAGACAGACUCUCAGUGUACUUAGAGAAGAGAAUACCCUGACUGACGUGACUUUAGCUUGUGAUGGGCAGAAGUUUGCUGCACACAAGCUGGUGUUAGUGACAUGCAGUGACUAUUUCCGGACAAUCUUGGGAGAUGUUCCCUGCCAGCAUCCUAUAGUAUACAUGCGUGGAGUUGCUGCAAAGGAGAUGCAGGCUCUGAUUGAUUUCAUGUACACAGGUCAGACUGAUAUUCCCCAGAAAGAAGUGCCAACUUUACUGUCAACAGCAGAGGCCCUGCAGAUAAAGGGGCUGGGUGUAUUCACUUCAGGGGAGGAGAAUAAUUCAGAAAAAAGUACUCCUUCCAGAAGAGAAAAAAAUUCUGGGAAUAAAAAGAAGCGUUCAGAACCCCUUGUGUUAUUAAAUGGUUCCAGUGGUGAAAGUGCAAACACAACAAAUUCCAAAAGUUCUCUGGCCAAAAGUGAUCAAUUCCUAGAAAAUCUUUAUAGUCAUCACUAUGCUUUUAUGUCAUCUCCAAAGAGAAGAAAAACAGAUGACAGAACAGUACUUAAAUCACCUGAGCACAUACAUUUAGGCAGUGAAAAACAACCAUUGCAAGAAAUUCCGUCAAGUUGUUCAAAAGAGAACCUCCAGAGCAGUACAACACCACUGUCCCCUGGGCUGUUAAGUGACCUCUUCCAGCCAAGGGACCAGAGGGACCAAAGUUCGUCGCACCCUCCCUCCUCAUCAUGUCCGGCCACCUACACCUCAGUUGUGACUGACUCUUCACAUGAACACUCCUUAAAGGAGUCCCACAACGCCUUCAACAGUGGCUCAGAGGCCGCCAAACACAGGGGGCAGGGCCUCCGUCCAAGCCGCAGUCCUUCUGGGCAGCAACCAGUUCAGGACCCACGGCCAGAAGCAAAGACAACAUCUCCGAGGGCACUCAACUACUCCUUGUCUAGCCUCGGGGGAAGCAAAGAGGACUUUGCCUCCAGUUCACCUGGCCACAUCCUUGAUGAACCCAAUGGGGCACAUGCUGACACACCUGAGAAAUUGAUGAAAGCAGAAAUAAAGGAGGAAGCACUGGACUUCAGCAACACAGCGCUUUCAGAGAACUUGCCGAAUGAUAGUCUGACUGCAGCCUUGGCCAGCAACAGCAUAGAGGAGGAGACUCGCAUGUAUCUCGAUGCAUUUGCGCGUAGUGCCAACCUGGCUAGACCACUCCCCCUUGAAGAGUCACAGGAGUCUGCUUCUCUGGAUGGCCGUCCCUAUGUGUGCCCCAUCUGUCAGAAGUGCUUUGCCAAAGCUGCCAUUCUGAAGCGCCACCACCUUGCCCACUUCCGGCCAUAUGUCUGCCACCUGUGCACACGAUCUUUCACCAGAAGAGAAGUUCUAGCAGAGCAUUUAUUAGAGCACAAUGGUGCUGAUCUGCGAAUGCCGUGCCCAGUGUGCAACAUGACCAUAAAGCGCAAGAGGAACCUCCAAGCCCACAUCAAAGUCAAACAUCCUGAUUACUACAAACAGAAAAUUGCUAGCCGGGAGUCCUUGUGCUAGUUACAGAAGUCUUUCUGGUAUAAAUAGAUACAUCUGUUAUUAGUAAUUAUUUUUAAUACAGAAAAAUUACAAUAAUUUUAAAAUUAAAAGGAAAACUAUAAAAAAAUCAAAUUAAUAAAAUGUAGCAGGUGAACUCUCGUGGGGUUUGGUAUGAUGUCUAGUCACCAGGUGAUUAGAACCAGUUGAUGCUUCCUAAGUAAAGACAGCUCCCUGUGUUCAUCCUCUUCAUGCAGUUAAAUAUUAUAUGCACUCUUGAUUUUGGUUUAUCUCUUUUUAUUUUUCUUCUAGCA